AUGGCGCGUGUUCGGGUCGUCGAAGGCUCCUGCUGGCCGUGCAAAAAACGUCGGACCCGCUGCGACCUUGUCAAGCCUGUCUGCCAGCGUUGUGUCAAGAUUGGUGCAAAGUGCGACUAUAACUCACGGCUGAUUCGAUGGAGUUCGCGACCGAGUGUUCGCCAUGUGCCGUCUCCCUACCAGGUUCCCGGGCUGGGACAGGAUGGACUGAUUUUUAGUGAGAAGCUUGCUCUCGAUUACUUCCACUGUCGAGUCUGGCCGCUGCUUCAGACAUCAGAGUCUCCAUGUCCGCCGCCGCUUCCCGUUGCCCUCGAGUACCGCGUGGUGUUGCUGUCAGCAUGUGUUCUCGCGGGCUCUCAUCGCCUAUCGCAGAAUGGCGAGGUCGACCGCCAUCGGUUCAAUGCUAAGAGACUCGAGUGCCUUACGGCAAUCAAGUCGGAAGUUGAUGGAUGUUGCGACGGCAGCCGCUCCGGCUCCCUCCUCGUCCUUCUAUUUGCAGUUCUCCUUCUGUACCUCCACGACGGCUUCAUGGACCCAAAUCAAGAGGGAUCGUCCACAGCCAGCCACCACCGAGGCGUCGCAGCAAUUCUAUCAGAACUGGGCGAGGUAGACAGAGUUCUUGUCUCGGCCCCAGAGUCCCUUCAAAUGCUACUCUCCGAGUUCGUGUCGGCCGAUCUUACGACUGCGCUCCUUCAUGGAAAGGCACCUCUAUACCCCCCAUCGAUAUGGCACACUGUUGACCAAGGGGCAGUUUGGUGGGCUCGAGAUCCCUGGAAUAGACAGUCGAUCGCUUCUGUCCUGCGCGAACUGUCUGCCCUUGCCUUCUACUAUUCUUCCAUUCGGGACGGGUCUGCACACCUAUCCAUGGACGAGGUGCGCGCCUUCGAAGAGGUGCUUCGCCCUGCUUACGCUUCGCUUGCUAAGCAUACCGACAGCGAGGAUAAGGCCUUAGUCAAAAGAAAUAUCGAAGCGGUCCACGCCUUUGCUUUGAUCCGAGCCUUUCAACAUACAGGCCUGAUAUAUUUGUACCGGGCAAUAUGCGGGCUCCCUAUUCUUCACCCUCUUGUCCAGCAACACGUGCGGUCUUGCCUUGACUGCAUACUGGAGAUACCGAGGCCAAAUAAGGUCCUGAACUGCGCCAUAUUUCCGUUAUGCGUGGCAGGCGCACAUGCGCACCUCAGAGAACAACAAGAGGUAUUCCUGGAGCUACUGGGCUUCCUAUAUGAUAACAUGAGAUUUGCCUCGGUGCGGUCUGUCACUAGAGCCCUUGAAAGUAUAUGGGGUUCGCAAAAUUUAAUGGCGACAUGGGCGGAAAUGUUUUUUGAUCUGAGCCACCACGUAAUUGUUCUAUAG